AUGAGAGAAUAUGAACUUAAAUGUUCAUGGUACAACUUAAAUGAGCAAUCGACUGUCAAACUAACAGUAGAGGACAAGAAUGUUGAAGUAACCUGGUCUCAAUGGCAAACUAAAAAGAUCAAAAAGACCUUCAAAGGUGGGGACGAAAAAGAAUUGAGCGUCACGGUGAAGGAAAAAGAAAGUGCUUCUAUCGAAAAGGCAACAGAAAAACUUCAUGAGUUAUUAAGACCCUCGUACAGUCGCCAUCUGUUCAAUAUCAAAAAUCAGUAUAAACAUUACAAAACUCUCAAAGAAACUUUAAGUCAAACUGAAUGUCUGAUUCAUGUAGACUUCUCAGAAAACUACUCUUGCAAGAUGUCAAAGGAAAUUCAGUCGAUGCAUUUUGGAGCAUCAUUACCACAAAUUUCCCUUCAUACUGAGUACUUGCAUUUUUACAGCGAUGGACCUACAAGUCAGUACAGACAGAAAAUUAAUCUCUAUCUUCUUUCAACCAUGCCAUUUGAGCUUGGGUUCACUGGUGCUUGCUGGAAAUUCCAAGAAGCAGGACAUGGGAAGGGAAUACCAGAUGGCAUAGGGGAGACUAUUAAACGAUCAGCAGAUAGACAAGUUAGCUUUGGAGCAGAUAUAUUGACAGCAGAUGCAUUUAUCAAGACGAUUGAGACUGGUACUAAAAUCAAGCUUUACGAAGUUAAGGAGCCUGACGUUUUAGAAGUAGACAAAAGAAAUCCUAUACCAUUGAAAACUAUUCCAGAGAAAAAUGGAAGAGGACAAAACCUGUCAAAACAAGAAUUCAAGUCUUUUGCAAACAUUGCAACAAUGUGGAUCUUUUAA